CUCUCUAGAGAGUAAAAACAGAGGGGAGAGAGAGAGAGAGAGAGGACAUUGCUCUACUCCACACUCCCACUGCAAACCAAGCCACAGUCAAAUGGAUAUUUGGAGCUAAAGGCCACCCUCAAUUAUCGUCUCUCUCCACCAGAAACCCUGGCAGAAUGUCCGCUCUGCAAAUCCCCUGUUGCAGAGCUCUCGCUCUCGACCGAUCUCCGCCGCCGCGUCCGACGUCGUUUUGGGGCGGCCGAGUUAUUUGCACUCCCGUCGGAAGAGACAACCUCCGACGCCGUUUCGAUGGCCGUGGUUUCAGGGUUUCGGCGAUGUCGAACGGCUCGCCGUUCAAGAUGAAUCUGAACCAGUACAUGGUCACUCUCGAGAAGCCGCUCGGUAUUCGGUUCGCCCUCUCCGUCGACGGCAAAAUCUUCGUUCACGCUCUCAAGAAAGGGGGUAAUGCGGAGAAGUCCAGGAUAGUUAUGGUGGGCGAUGCUUUGAAGAAGGCAAGUGAUCCGUCUGAUGGCAGGUUUAGUGAGAUCAAGGACUUUGGCGAUACUCAGAAGAUGCUGAAAGAGAAAACUGGGUCUUUCAGCCUUGUCCUUGAGAGGCCUUUCUCUCCUUUUCCAAUUCAUGAACUGCUUAUGUUGAAUGAUCUAGAUAACUCAUUUAACAAAGGCAAAGUUCCUAUUGCCACUUGGAACAAGAGUAUAUUGGCAUCGAAUUUGCAAGCGUCUUCUGAGAGCGGCGGGAAUUCUGGUUUUGUAACUUUCUCUUCGAAGUUUCUAAAUCCACAAGGAUGGCAAUUUCUGGAUGAUCAAAAUGGACAUGUUCAAUCACAAAUGCAGAAGAAUACGCUCACCCCACCCGUGACCUUGAGCCCACUCGUUUGUAUUUUCUCUGAAGAAGAGCCUGGAGAUGGUGAUUGGGCUCAUGGGAAUUUCCCGCUAGAGGAAUACGUAAAGGCAAUCGAUCGCACUAAAGGCGAGCUUUACUAUAAUCACUCGCUUGGUAUGCGCUAUAGUAAGAUCACAGAGCAGAUAUAUGUCGGAUCAUGUAUACAGACAGAAGCUGAUGUAGAGACCUUGUCAAAGACAGUGGGAGUCACUGCUGUGCUUAGUUUCCAAAGUGGAGUUGAGGCAGAAAAUUGGGGACUUGAUUCCAAGUUGAUUACUGAAUCAUGCCAAAAAUCUGGUAUCCUUGUGAUCAACUGUCCUAUAAGGGAUGGGGAUUCUUUUGAUAUGAGGAAGAAACUACCAUUUUGCGUGGGGCUGCUAUUACGCUUGUUAAAAAAGAAUCAUCGCGUUUAUGUUACUUGUACUACAGGAUUUGAUCGAUCUCCUGCUUGCGUGAUAGCAUACCUGCAUUGGAUGACCGAUACUUCCCUUCAUGCGGCAUAUAAUUUUGUCACAGGGUUGCAUUCGUGUAUGCCAGACAGCGGCAGGCCGGCAAUUGUUUGGGCAACAUGGGAUCUCAUAGCUAUGGUGGAAAAUGGCAGACAUGACGGACCCGCAACGCAUGCUGUAAUAUUCGUGUGGAACGGGCAAGAGGGGGAGGAUGUAAAUCUUGUUGGAGAUUUCACUGGAAAUUGGAAAGAAACAAUUCGAGCUAAUCAUAAAGGUGGAUCAAGAUAUGAAGUAGAAGUUAGACUUCCGCAAGGAAAGUAUUACUACAAGUACAUUGUUAACGGGCAAUGGCGGCAUUCGACGACGUCACCGGUAGAAAAGGAUGAAGGAGGGAAUUCGAACAACUUAAUUGUGAUCGGUGAUACUGCGAGUGUGUGGCCUUCAGUUCAACAGCAAAAGAAAGAUGCAAACGUUGUGAAGGUGAUUGAGAGGCCAUUGACAGAAAAUGAGCGCUUCAUGCUUGCGAAAGCUGCUCGCUGUGUGGCAUUCUCCGUUUGUCCAAUCAGACUAACUCCAAAGUAGUUGGUCACAUGAUUCGAACCCGGUUAGGCUUUUAAGUUGGAGGCUACAGAAAUCCAUGACAACAAGAAUAAGUGAAUAACAAAUGCUUCUCGAGGCACCAAUAAUCGUACUUCAGCGCAGGCACAAAUAUCAUAUCCUAUUUCUGAAUGUCAUUAGUAAAUUUUACUUAUUUAUUUAUUUGGUAUGAGUCUUUUAUGUUGCACUGUCAAUUCCUUUCUUUUCUUCGUUUCCAUUUUUAUUUUUAUUUUUCCCCUGGCGGUUUCAAUUCCCUCAUGCAAGUAGGAGUUAUACGAAACAAGAAUUUUGUUGCUAUUCAUUACAAUAAUAAUAUACAAGAAAAGAAUAAGUUGUCCUGUACCCAACAUUUGUUUGGACUAACAUCUCAUUUCGCCUUGUUUUCUUGCUCCUCUUGUCUAUACUAGUAUAUACGCUUGAAUAAUACUUUGAACUCAAAUGUUUACGUUAAUUUAUAUUCUUUGUGCGAUUUCGGCAUUAUUUCACGCUAAUGUGAAAACAAUAUGAUAUGCAAUCACGAUUUUCCGAGGUUUCACUUUCCGGCAAUAACAUACAAUUUAAAUCAUGAUCCGUACGAACAAAAAUGCUGCAGCUUCAA